UUUUACCAUCUCCAUCAAAUAAUCAUAUAGGUCUUUUUCUAACUCUGCCUUUCCCUCUUCCCCAUCAUCAACAACAACAACAACAACAACAAAAUCUUUGCCCUUUUUUUUUUUCUUUCUAAAACAAUGGCGAUCGCUCAGACCAACUCUCAACAACAAGAGAAGGUUUCUUCAGAGGCUUCAGCAGGCGAAAAGAAAAGAUGGACGCUUAGCGAUUUUGACAUUGGAAAGCCGCUUGGACGAGGCAAGUUUGGUCACGUUUAUCUAGCUAGAGAGAAGAGGAGCAAUCAUAUUGUAGCACUCAAGGUGCUUUUUAAAAGCCAACUCCAACAAUCUCAAGUUGAACAUCAGCUACGUCGUGAAGUGGAAAUACAAAGUCACCUGCGCCAUCCCAAUAUAUUGAGGCUUUACGGUUAUUUCUAUGAUCAGAAACGUGUUUACCUGAUACUGGAGUAUGCAGCCAAAGGUGAACUUUACAAGGAACUACAGAAAUGUAAAUACUUCAGUGAAAGACGCGCGGCUACGUAUGUUGCAUCUUUAGCUCGGGCACUGAUUUAUUGCCAUGGAAAGCAUGUAAUACACCGAGACAUCAAACCUGAGAACUUGUUAAUUGGGGCACAGGGUGAACUUAAGAUUGCUGAUUUUGGAUGGUCAGUACACACAUUUAACCGUAGGCGGACUAUGUGCGGCACGCUUGAUUAUCUUCCUCCUGAAAUGGUUGAAAGUGUAGAGCACGAUGCUAGUGUAGACAUUUGGAGCCUUGGUGUGUUGUGCUAUGAGUUCCUAUACGGAGUCCCUCCUUUUGAAGCCAAGGAACAUUCAGACACUUACCGAAGGAUUGUGCAAGUGGAUCUCAAGUUCCCUACAAAGCCAAUAGUUUCAUCUGCAGCUAAGGACCUCAUUAGUCAGAUGCUUGUCAAGGAUUCUUCACAACGGCUGCCAUUGCAUAAGCUUCUUGAGCACCCAUGGAUUGUUCAGAAUGCUGACCCAUCUGGCAUCUAUAAAGCUUAAAAUACAUACAUUUUUUCCUCUAAAUUCUUUUUUUGCGAGGAUAAUUGUGCAAGAUGUUUCAAAUUAAAUGUUCUGGUUCUUGACUCCACGAAUCCUGACUUUGCAUGCAUGUGUAUCCAAGUUUUGUACCAAUAACAAUAUCUGUUUGUUAACUCUAUUGUAAUUCAUUUGUAUGUUAAAUUACUAUGAUUUGUUCAGUGAUUA